UUUAUAUAACGAGCAGGCAAUCCCUUGUGUGAUUCAUUUGAUCUAUUAAUGUGUUACUAGUUUUAUUUUGUAUUCUUAAAGUAGAAAAAUAGAGCGAUGUCGUGGAUUUGGAUUGCAAUUUUCCUUUCUGUUUUCAUCAACGAGCGAUCGAAUGGAGUGGAGGGAAAAAGAGGCUUUGGACCUGGCGAACAAGAUUGGGGACAUGUUAAAGUUCGACCUGGCGCCCACAUGUUUUGGUGGCUUUAUUACGCCAACCCGCCCGAGAAAUCAGGAUACUUUGAUGCCUUCAGUAAGCCACUAGUGAUUUGGUUGCAAGGAGGCCCAGGAUCUCCUUCAACUGCCUACGGAAAUUUUGAAGAAAUCGGGCCGCUUGAUAUCAAUCUACAGAGACGUAACUAUACUUGGGUCAAUGAUUACAAUGUUUUGUUCAUUGAUAACCCAGUGGGCACGGGGUUUAGUUACGUUGAAAACGAUUCAAAAUUGGCUACUAACAAUAUGGAAAUAGCGAUAGACCUUUUGCAUUGUAUGCUAGGAUUUUUAAACGCAAUUCCUCAAUUUCAAAAAGUCCCGACUUAUAUUUUAGCCGAAUCUUAUGGUGGAAAAAUGGCCACACAUUUUGCUUUCGCAUGGGCUUCACUCCAAAAAAAGGGUGUUAUUAAAAGUAACUUGAAAGGCAUUGGUUUAGGCGAUUCUUGGAUCUCGCCAGUUGAUUCAGUUCUCUCUUACGCUCCAUAUUUAUAUUACACAGGUAUGAUCAAUUAUGCUGACUAUGGAAAAAUUCAAAAUGCCGCGGAGCUAACGAGAAGUGCAAUUGAAUCACAAAAUUGGGAGAAUGCUACAGAAAGAUUUUAUAAAACAUGGAAAAUUAUUAUGAACUGUACAAAUAACAUUGAUUUAUACAAUCUAUUAGAAAGAAAAGUACCAUUCAAAAAACUUCACCCUAAAUAUCUUUCUGGUGUGCGGGAAGAAUUACGCGAAUCUGACUUUGAAAAAAAAUUAAAUUACCUUAUGAAUAGUAAAGUAAAAACCGCACUAAGUCUCAAAAACUCAUUCAAAAUACGUUCUCCUCAAAUUAAAGCGAAACUAAAUAAAGAUUUCAUGACGCCGGUUACUGAUUUUAUUGAGAAAAUUCUUGACCAAACAAAUUUGAAAGUCUUUGUAUACAACGGGCAACUUGACGUCAUUGUACCAACUGCUAGUACAGUCGCUUGGUUAAAAAAACUAAAAUGGAAAGACGCGGAAAAGUGGAGAAAUUCUAAGAGGGUUGAUUUGACUAUUGAUAAUAGUAUUGAAGGAUAUGUACAGGGCUACAAAAAUUUGAAAAUGUUUUGGAUUAAUCGAGCGGGUCACAUGGUACCAAAAGAUAAUUAUUACGCAGCAAAUUUGAUGCUCAAAAUGUUGACUUCAGAAGAAUAAAUAUCGCUUGUCGUAAAUUAUAAGUCAUGAUUAUUUAAAAUAAGCAGCCUACAAAGCCGAAGAGAAGUCGCGGACUUGACAUUUUCUACAAAGUUAUCAACAGUCUGAUAGACUCGCCGGAGACACUUGAAAUGUUUGGGUUUAACCCUAGACGUGGUCUCAGAAUAUCCCGACUACUCUGCACCGUAAAAUCAAACACAAAUUACUUAGCUCAAGGGUCACUUAAUAAAAUAAUAAUCAAAAAGCUACUUCUGCAAUAUUAAUCAUCAAAUAAUACUUUUAUAUAGACUGUUAUUUUUCUUUUGAUUUAUUUAUACUUGUAUAUCUUUUUAUCAUUUUAUAUUUCAUUAGUGUAUAGCCGAUUGGCGUUAAAUAAAUAAAGAAA